ACUACCUUUCAUUUCUUGCGGUCACUUCCAGGCCAAAAUGAGAAGGGCGAGGAGGACGUGUCCCGUCCGUUUUCUCCUCUUACACCUACCGUGGUCCUUAUCCUCUUCCUGCCCUCCCCACAAAGCGGAAGAAAGGAAAUCGCAGUUCGAAGCGCAUUGUUCCUGAUUCUGAGGAAUGGCCACUCGUUUGAUUCGGUCAAGAGUUUAUGGCGUUCUGAGUAAUAUGGGUGUCGCCAAAUCUCUCAGACAAUCUUCAUGGGGAGCGUCCGUAGGUGUUUCGCGCAGUGCCUGUGUGUCUCAGAUUAGUGGGAGAGGACAAUCUUUCAUGUCUCAAUUCGGGAAGAUGGUGAUUGCGAAUUGGCGUUCGUUGUCGACUGAGGCAGAAGGCAAUGCUGCUCAGGAGGUUUUAGAUUUUCCAGGAGGAAAGGUCAUGUUCACUGCUGACCUUAGCUUUAUACCAGAGUAUCCUCAGCACCGUGUUCAUUGCUACAGGAUUCUCAAUGAUGAGGGGCAGCCCAUCUCUGAAAGUAGCUUCCAAGAGAUAGAAAAAGAAGUUGCUGUAAAAAUGUACACUGACAUGGUCAGACUUCAAAUAAUGGAUACCAUAUUUUAUGAAGCGCAAAGGCAAGGAAGAAUUUCUUUUUACCUUACAACGAUUGGUGAAGAGGCCAUCAACGUAGCAUCAGCUGCAGCUCUCAGUUUUGAUGACAUAGUCUUUGCUCAGUACAGAGAGCCUGGCGUUCUUCUUUGGCGAGGUUUCACUUUGCAAGAAUUUGCAAACCAGUGCUUUGGAAACAAGGCUGACUAUGGAAAAGGUCGCCAAAUGCCAAUUCAUUAUGGAAAAAACAAGCUCAACUUCUUUACUAUAUCAUCUCCAAUUGCGACACAGAUUCCUCAUGCUGUUGGGGCUGCAUAUUCCUUAAAAAUGGAUAAGGAACAAGCUUGUGCAGUGACUUAUUUUGGAGAUGGUGGCACGAGCGAGGGAGAUUUUCAUGCUGCAUUAAACUUUGCUGCUGUUAGGGAAGUUCCCGUCCUGUUUAUUUGUCGUAACAAUGGAUGGGCAAUCAGUACACCUACAUGUGAACAAUUUCGAAGUGAUGGUGUGGUUAGCCGUGGGCAGGCUUAUGGAAUCUGUAGUCUUCGAGUUGAUGGAAAUGAUACUCUAGCUGUUUACCAUGCAGUUUGUGCUGCUCGACAAAUGGCAAUCAGUGAAUCCAAACCUGUGCUAAUUGAGGCCCUCACCUACCGAGCUGGCCAUCACUCUACUUCUGAUGACUCAACCAAGUAUCGUCCAGUAGAUGAAAUUGAACACUGGAGAAAAGAGCGUGAUCCUGUCUCCAGAUUUAGAAAAUGGAUUGAUGGUAAGGGAUGGUGGACCAAUGCAGCAGAAUCAGAGCUUCGGAGUGAAAUCAGAAAGAAGAUGUUGAACGCAAUUCAGGUUGCAGAGAAGAUGGAGAAACCACCCAUCAGUGAGAUGUUUACAGAUGUUUAUGAUGUUCUGCCAUCUAACCUUCUCGAGCAGGAAAAACUACUAAGAGAGACAAUUAGUAAACACCCACAAGAUUACCCACCUGAUGUGCCUGUCUAGGUAGAAAUGACAAUCUUUAACAUGCCUUUGUACAUCCAUUCUUCAUUCAAGUACUCGAUCGAUAAAAUAUCCUAUCCUAUUCUAAUAAAUUCGAACAAAUAUUUUAUUUCUUUA